GUUUCCUCCUGUUUUUUUUUCCCGAACAUAGCUAACGCUGGAAACGCUUCCAAUCUAUACAUACAACGCUUCUCAAUCGGAAGCGUAAGCGAUGUCGUACGACGAUGUUGAGAUAGAGGAUAUGGAGUGGAACGAAGAGAUUCAAGCGUACACGUAUCCUUGUCCUUGUGGUGAUUUGUUCCAGAUUACGAAAGAAGAUCUCCGGCUCGGCGAAGAGAUCGCGAAUUGCCCAAGUUGUUCUCUUUAUAUCACCGUCAUCUACAAUAUGGAAGAUUUUCAAAACGAUACGAAGAAGAAUAACGAACCUAAAACUCGUCACCCUGUGGCCAGAAGGAAGUAUUUGCAAUUUACUGAUAAGAAGACAAUCUGCAAUCAUGACGAAAACACCUCUGCUGCUUUUUUCGGAUUACUUAUGGUUUUCUUGGGAAAGAAGAAAACAAAGCUAAGAAUGAGGAAUUCAACAACCAUCAUGAUGAUAAUGAUGAUUGUGAUGAUGGUGGAUGAUUGGGUUGGAGCAGCGGACAAUAAUCCGGUGUACAGUCCAUGUUCAGAUACACAAAUAAGCAAAGGAGAUGGUUUCACCAUUGGUAUUGCCAUCUCUAGCAAAGAAGCUUUUUUUCUUGACCAAGUCCAGCUUUCUCCCUGUGAUACUCGUCUCGGUUUAGCUGCGAAAAUGGCGCAGCUUGCGCUUUUUAGACCUAAGGUUGACGAGAUCUCUCUUCUCUCCAUCGACACAAGUAAGUUUAACCCGAGUGAAGCAGGUGGAUUCAUGGUGGGAUUCGCGGGCUCAAAAUAUGCAGCAAGAUCAUAUCCUGUGAAGGUUGCAGAUGGAAGCAACACAAUCACAGCUUUCACACUUGUAAUGAAAUUAACCCUAAGCCCCUUGGUACUGGAAUUUCAGAAGGGAGUGUUGCAGAAUCUGUUCUGGAAGAGCUUCGGAUGCGAUUUGUGCAAAGGAACAGGAUCUUCUUCUUCUGUGUGCCUGAAUGGGACGGAUUGCGCGGUUCCAACUUCAAAGUGUAAGGCUAAUGGAGGUCAAGCUAACUGCAACAUUGGAAUUCAGGUCGCGUUUUCGGGAACAGACAGAAACCUCGAGUCAUUGAACACUUGGUACGAGGUAAACAAUCUGAGGCAGUACUCGCUUACUGACCUCUACGCAAACGCUGUAGACUCUCUGAGUGGUGGGCUGCUGUAAGAGAGAAAAAGUGUAACGCAGGUACUAUGUAAUCGAGGUUCCUAGAUAGGUUUUGAACUUCCAUGUUUUCGCAACGAGUUACAAUGAUGAAGCAAAUAAAUGGAACCUCCAAGUAAUUUUUUUCCAAGUUUACAAACAAAAACUACAUUUGAAUGACUAUUUUCCACACACAAGAGGUUUUAUAUACAGAACCCUUUUGUCAUCAUUGUUGUAUUCAAAACCCUCAAUAUUGAUACUAGCACUUGUUUUUAUACACAUGAAGAAUAUUAAGAAGGACCCCAAAAAAUCCCCAAGAAACGAAAGAUCAAAAAUUAACAUAGAGAAAGAUAAAAACUGGUUCAAUCCAAUCAUAGGCUACCUCCUCCAUAUAAACAUGUGUUAUUACUCUGACCGACCUUGCGGAUUCUCCCUUAUGUCUCUUAGAAGAUCUUGCAGCUCGGGGAAUACCGAUCGGAGUAGCAGCUCCAGUAUUGCAAAUGUGAGUUGCUUUAUGCAUAUGUUUGACUGCGAU